AUGCACGUCACACAGAGAAGUGCUCGGGCUACAACUGCUGUCCCGCCUUCGGCCUCAGCCUCAGAAGCGCUCGGACGAGGUGCGAGUUCCAAUGCACCAGCAGGCAUCGCAGGGAUUGGCGCAGGUAGACCAGGUGCAACUACAUCUUAUCGCUCCUUUGCCUCCGCAGACCAUCGCGCACAUCACGACUACAAGACUGCUCCCCACCGCAAUGCAUUCGACUCAGCACAACCCCCAGAUGUCUCUCAAGCGUACGGAGAUUUGCCGAGCGCGCAGUCUACAUCUCCCUUCGAUACCCAGUCUCGUGCAGUUGACGUCACCACUUCGCCCUCCUCUUCUUCGCUGCACUCCUCCCAAUCUAUGCAACCUCUUCUAAAAACAUCCAUCGACUCUGCAGCUUCCGUGUCGGCGAACUCCUCUUCCAGCUCAAAUUCGCGUGCCAUUUCCGAGGCGGAGCUUUUGGCCUUCAUAGAGCAGAAACGCACCGAGGCAACAACAGUGAAUGUAGGCAAACAGUCAAAGCUCCCCCCCAACUAUGGGCGUGAUCGUGGUGUGCAGUCCAAAAGCGCUAUUGAUAGCUCCAAUCCACUAGAUACCCUGGACCUGUGUCAUAAACGCAUCGACCGUGUAACCGAUGUGUUGGUAGACAGCAUGAAAGAUCAAGUCGUCCGACUCGCCAUCGGCUACAAUCACCUCACCCGGCUACCGGACACCUUUGCCGAGCUCAGCAACCUCCGAUACCUCAAUAUUCGUGCCAACAACUUUGCUCACCUUCCCGAUUGCGUCACCAAGAUGCCCAACCUCGAAAUACUGGAUCUGAGCCGCAACAAGGUUCGCAAGCUGCCCGAACUUCCUGGUCGUCUUCUUGCACUGCGUGUGUUGUCCAUGAACGCCAACCGCUUGACCGAGCUGCCCUCGUGGAUUGGAAAGAUGAAGCAUCUUCGCAUUCUCAAGCUCGACAAUAACCCGCUUCAGUGGCCACCACCUCACAUUUCCAAGAUGCCCAAUGUGGCCCCACCCAAACCACCUUCUUCUUCAGGUAGCUCGUCAGUAGCUGAGCGCGAGAAAGUCAAGCGCUUCGAGGACCGCCAGAUGCUCGUCUGGAUUGCCAAACUGCGAUCUUGGAUCAACGACCCUGCCAAUCAACCACAGCGAUCCGAAGUGAAAACAUCAGAGCAACAGACUGCUACCGAAUCCAAGUUUCGAGCGCAGGAAUCAUCUGAGGUUAGAGCUCAGGUUGACAACACCCCAAGCACGGAGCACGCCGAUUUCCCCCCCUCACAAUCCGACGGUCUCAUGUCGCUUCAAGUCCAAGUGCCGCAAAGCCUAUCAGACCGUACGCUCAGACCCGAUGCAGCCGAGAUCAUGCCGAGUGAUGCACUUCAGACAAGUUCAGCGAGCACUGCACCCAUCGAAGCACACGCCUUGUCGCCCGGACUGCUGCCUUCCCUCGUUCCACGAUCGCAGAAUGUCGAUAAUGACUCCACACAAGCUGAGGGCACAAUCUCCUCGACUUUGAGAGGCGUAUCCAGUCUCCAUUCUGCUCAGCAGCGCAUGUUAAACUCCCAGACGCCAUCAACAUCCACAGCAGAAGCGAGCACCGACCAUCAGAGCAGACUCGCAGGUCGCAUUGUACAUGAAGACAGAGACGCGCGACAACAUGCUCGCAACAACUCGCACUCCGUUGCUCAGGACAUUGUUGCCACUCACCAGAUGGAGAGUCGUCGAUCUCUCAAGAGCAAGAAAUCUCUUCCUGACCUGCGCAAAAGCCACCAAGACAUCUUACAGGAGAGGAGAGACGCGCUCGCCGACUUGAACCCACCAGACUCUGCACAGCAGUCAAACCAUCAGAAGCUAGAUGAUUCAAAUCAGGACUAUGGCUGUUUGUCUGGACCGUCAUCUUCCGCCUCUAUACCCACUGCCAUAGCAGUCGCUGCCGAUAAUACCGAUGCACCAUCAACAUUACCGCAUAACGCCGUCACACAGCUCUCGGAUAAGAAACCGUCGUUGCAAGCACGUCGCGUUGCCAGACCAAGUUUGGGGAACGGCUUGGUGUCAUCAUCGGAUCGGCAAGGCUACGAGAGUGCAAUGUCCGGGCCGCUCAACGCACCACAAUUAAGUGUAACAAAUCAGGGCGGCGGACUUCGCAAAUUGAGUCUGCCCACGGUGGGUGCAACACAGGCAGCUGCCGAGGCUGCUGCUGCGGCGCUUGCUGCUCGGCAUGGCUAUAAUCACUCUCCCGCACGCUUCGACGCCGGCCACGGAAGGGUGGCGUCAGAUCGAGGCGACAACAAUUGGCCGUCUCGGUCAGGGUCGCCCACUGUCAAUGUUCCGUGCACCGCAGCGGACCAGGAGCGAAAUAGCUACUUCCGACGUCUAUCCACAUUGUCACCAUCGACCAUCUCAAAAGCGGUACCGGUGCCUGUGCUCAAGUUCGUCGACGGUACGCGCGGUGUUCUCUUUGCUCUUUCACAGAUCCAUGCAGCGAUUGGCCAAUUCAUGACGCCUGUCAUCGACGAACGCAUAUCUAGCCAGUUCCACCGACUUCUCGACAUUUCCAACGGCUCGGUAGCCAAUCUGAUCAAUGCAUUGGACCGAUUCGAUUCGCUCUCGCGUCGCGGCACGCCCGACCCGAGCGUGAUUCGUGGUGUUUUGAUCACCUGCAAGGACUCGGUCAUCACCUUCCGCAAGCUUAUCAGCGUGCUCCAACUUCAGCUUCGUGCGUUGCAGAGCAGCUCGGAUGUUCGCUAUGCGCGGACUCUGCUCCUCAUGCUGUAUGGCAGCAUGGCCGAAGUGAGCAAUAGUUGGACCGAGAUGGCGCCACUGGUCGAAGCAGUGCAACCCUACCUCACGCAAGCAGAUCUCGAGAGCGGCUCGCCAGCAUCUUCGGAGGCUGUCAAUACUGGCACUUGUGCUUUGGUAGCUAACGAAAAGCCGACGCCAACAUCCACGCGUUCAGGCACGUUGCUUCAAAAGAGCAUCAGCAACAACAGCAACGGCUCGACAUCUGUGUUGCCAAGUAUCGCAGAGGCGUCUACGCCGACCCGUGCCGGAAGUCGGCCGUACAUAGCGCGAGGGCCUAGUCGACGCCGUCAUGCUGGCUCUUUCAGCGCUCAGGAUCUGGCCCAAGGUGCAGCGAUGACGCCCAGUACCAGCAAUCAGCCUCCUUUUAACCUCGAAGAUCUACAGGCUGCGUCUGCCUACAACACGCCAGCGCGUGGUGCAAGAAACCGCCGUCAGGGGAGCAUGGGCAACAGCGCAAGCAGCGCUGCCGCAUUUGCCCACUCCGACACGUCCGACCGCAGCGCUGUGGUGGAUGGGAUCCAGUCAACUGCACCAAGCACACCUGGCGGCAGCGCUUCAACCACACCCGCGCUACGCAACACGUACGCUACACCAGGCGCAAUGAGCACACCUGCCUCAUCGAGACAGAAGCGUUCCGGCUCUAACGCCAGCUCGGCGAUGGAAACAGGUACCCCGCCGGCUACUGGUACAACCAAACGCGCAUUGCCUGCUGCUAUGACUUCGUCAGUAAACGCGGCAACAGCUGUCGUGCCCACAGCGGCGGGAAGCAGACUGCGAACUGCAGUGUCGGACCCCAAGAUCACGAUCGAUGAUCAUCUUCUCGAGAUGGUCGACAACAUCACCAAGUUGUCGGCACGUGUCUGGUCGCUGCUGUUCGAACAUCUCCGUUCGGCGGGUAUCGACGAUCCGUCUACAACUGCGUCUGAGCCUUCACCGGUCGAGGAUCAGCCGGGCCUAGCAUCAGAUGAAGCGCAAGGACCUGAAUCUGACGGCGAAAAGGAUGUCACGCAAGACAAAAUCGCUGCUGAUGCAAGCGACGAGCUUGCUCAAAAACUUCGCGAGUUGCGAGAGCUUGCACAGAUUACCGACGACCUUACCUCGCAGCUGAGAUCAACGUAUUUACGAGCUCGUGAGGAGGAGCAGCGAGGGAUUUCGAUCAACGAAGAUGUUGUGGCGGACUCGCAAACAGCUGUAGAGAGCGAUGCAUGGCCCAACUCGGAAGCGAUCGAGGAACUCAGAGCCACGCCGGCGAUCACAGCAACGUCGCCGGACAAAAUCACACCAGCGACAGCCACAGAGCUCUUUGACGAUUCGCACCAAUUUGUGCGCGCGAUCGUCAACACUUCGACGCUCAUUAAGGCGAUCAGCAUCUCACACGAGUUUCCAAGGGAUGUUAGGAGGUUGUUGGGUCAAGUGGCUCAGGCGUGUUCGAAUUUGACGGUGUAUUUGUUGUGGUUGAGUCCGAGUAACGUUGCGUAA